AAAAACUAUUCAUGAUCCUGAAAGAAUUAAAGCAUGUCAUUUGAAUAAUUUUAAAACCAACACAUCUAUGUGUCAUUUAGAACAAUUAGGAGGAUACCUCAUAUUAUCCGCUCAUUAUGAAGAUUUAUAUAAUUUCUUCCAAGAUCAGGUCAAUCAUCUCGUAUAUCGUUAUCCAGAUCUACAAUUCACUUCUCACUAUAAAAACGCCACAUUACCAUACGAAUCCAUACUUAAAAACGGUACAAAAGACUUACUAACCGGCCUAAUCAUUGCUAUUACUUUGAAACCUGAUGUGCAACUACACCAAAUACAAAAAAUUUUAAUCCGUCUUGGAUUGAAAUUUAUAUAUAUGAAAGCUUUAACUGAUGAUUAUGGCACUAUCACUAACAAUAUUAAAUAUAACCUGUUCUCAGCUUUUGCAGGGCAGAUUGAUAAGUGUUCAAAAUGUGGAAAAGAAGUCAUUUGUAAUAAAGACCCAGAUGUAAUAUCUGAGGCUUUAGAACAUGCUGCUAAAUGUUCAGUGCGUACUACCGAUUUUCAAAAAACUGCAAAUGAGGCUUUCAUUCCUGGACGACCACAAUCCUUCAUGAUGCACUUUAAAACACAUAAAAAUGUUGCUAUUGUCGUAGACGAAGCUCACUGUGAAGAUAUGGGCUAUCAAGACUGUCAGAAACAAUUUAAUUAUGAGAUCUCUGGACCUAUACAGUUAUCUUUUAAAGCUUGGUGGGAACAUGUUAAGCAAGAAGCUCUUCGAAAAACUACAGAAAAAAGACUCGUGAAAUACGAGACAACCCAACAAAAUAUAGACCAACGAUGUGGAAGAGUUGGCAGAACGAAAAAUGGUCGAUCAGACAUUCGGGCACCAGAUUAUUGGUUACAAAAAUGUAAAGCUUUCUGUACACAACCCGAAUACAUAGCUAAUCUUCCUAGUAUUUAUAAAAGUUUUUAUUUACAAUGGCAUGAGAACUUGCAGCCAUUAUCUUUAGAAGAGUUAGCUGAUAUAAUUAAGUCAGAAACACUUGACUUCUCAUCCAUUAAAAUUCCUGAUUUCGUCGAGGAUAUGGAAUAUAAUGAUGAUUUUACUUUAAAAUGCGAUCCUGAGUUCAUUGAUUUAAAUAAAAGUGGCAAAAAGAAGGAGUUACCGAUAUGUACCAAUAAAUAUACGACCUGGUGGGCAGGUCAGUUAAUUCCGAUAAUAGAUAAAAUCGACCCUAAAUAA